AUGGUCCACGUCAACAAGUUCAGUACGAGCACGGCUACUGCCGCACUUCUUCUCUUUACCAGUGUCCAAGGACAUAUGGUGAUGCGAACCCCACCUUCCUACAAUCUUUACAAGGGAGAUACACUACUUCAAGUCGAUCCUCUGGAUGGAGUGAAGUACCUGUACCCAUGCCAAAACCGCUAUGAGGCCGGCAAUGCUACCACAGUCAAGGCAGGCGAUGUCCAACUCGUCCAGUUUACCGGCGGUGCUCAGCAUGGCGGCGGCUCCUGCCAGUUCAGCGUUUCGUACGACGACCCAGAGAAGUCCAACGGAUCAUGGAACACAUCGGCCACAUUCAAGACUAUUUACACCAUUAUUGGCGGAUGCCCGGCGGAGUUUCACGACGAGGCCAAUAACUUACCUACCGAAGGUCGCCCGAAGGAUGCGCAACAAAGAUUGAACACCGAUUUCUGCAACAAUGAUUCUGGCAUUGACUGCACUCGAGAGUUUCUGAUUCCUAUUCCUGACUUUCUGCCACAAGGUAAAGCAACUUUUGCCUGGACGUGGUUCAAUAAACUUGGACAGAGGGAGAUGUACAUGAACUGCGCCCCCGUCGAAAUCACCGGCGGCCAACCCUCUCCCGAGAAGUACGAGUCUCUCCCCAACAUCUUCAUCGCCAACAUCCCCAAACAAAAGGGCAUUCCCGGCUACGACGGCUGCGUGACCGGCGGCGGAGCGGCAAACGUCGUCAAUAUUCCCAACCCGGGCAAGUACGGUCGCAUCAUCAACCAGCUCAAAAGGCCAUUUAGCAAACCAGACCCUGCUCCGACUGGGUUGAAUUUGUGUCCCAAAAUUGAUAAUGACACGCUGCCCGUGUUCGAGGACAAUCCCAAGACGAUCAGCAAAGGCGGUGCUGCUCCUACUGGAGGAGGAGAAGAAGUCAACGCUGGUACUACUUCUGCUUCUGUUACUGUCACUGGCACUGGCACGGGAAAGCCACCGGCUGUUACCACCACCACCAUCACCACCACCUCCGCUUCAGCUGCUGCUACUGGUACCGAGACGACGGUCGCUCCUAUUUCCAGUGCCAGUGCCAGUGCCAGCGCCAGCGGCGAUGCCAAGGCCACUGACGUUGAUGCUAGCGGCACGUUCAUCACUGCCCCUAGCGAUGGGCUAGCAUCAACUGCUACGGCUAGCGCUACCGGUGGUGUCGAGUCCGGCCCCGGAGGAGGGAAAUGUGAUGAUGAUGCUAAUGCUACCGAAACUGGAGCCGGGGCUGGAGAAAAGACCACAAUAGAGGUAACAAAAACCAUGACGGUCAAGGUAACGGUAACUGCCAAUGUUUCAUCAGGUGCUUCAGCUUCAGCUUCUGCUGGCUCUGGUUCUGGUGGAGAUGAAGGUGGCUCGGGAGAAAAGAAGAAGCAGUGCGAGAAGGGUCAAGUAGCCGUCUGCUUCGGUGAUGACUUCUUUGGCGUGUGCGAUAACGGGUGGGCCGUUUCUCAAAAGGUGUCUCAGGGGACGAGAUGCGAGAACGGUUCGUUGGUGUACUCGGCGGUGCGGAGAGAGGGUGGGCAGAGGGCAGAGAGUUAUGCGGCGGGCGAGGGGCAUGCUAGGAGGCAUUUGAAGAGGAGGAGCGGGAGGCCGCUUUGAGUGUUUCCUGAAGGGAAGACAGGGCACGAAGGAAAAGGGGAUCGGGAUGUGUUGGCCAUGUUACUAUGAAGGAAUGGAUGGAUAUCUCGAGGCAUGUCGGGUCAGUCUUGCUUUUUGUACUGCGUUAUUUUGUUUCUUCUUAGUUCUUCUUCGCGUAGGUAGAGGUCCUGCAUUGCUCAAUGUUGGAAAUUUUAUUAGC